GGCGCGGAGAGCGGUCGUGUGCAAUUCGGCACCAACUUUGACAGCAGAACGAUCUCCCCAGACGUCGCUCCGAUUUCGAAGCAGCAGACGAUUUUCUUCAGAGCGGAAUUUUUGAAACUUAAUUUUCGUUUGGAGCUUGUGAUCGUGGCAGCAUGUAGUCGCAGAACAAAGAAAUUGUGACUGAAUUUUGGCAGAAUUUAUUUAUCGAAGAUAUAUUUAUUUCGAAAAAUAAAAGAACGGAUUAUUUUAGAAAAUUAUAACAAAUAAUUAUGUAUUUUUGACUGAUUAGAAAAGUGCAGCAAGAAUAUAAAUUAGACUGUUUUAAAUAUAGUUUUUUCUACACCCGGCUCAAUUUUCGAAUAUUAUCAUGGGAUUUUUAAAGCACUGCGUGCUUUUUUCCAUAUUGGUGUUCCUUUUUUCCUUCAAUCCAGUGCAUUCUUUCCUACCCCUGAUGUCGGAACGCUCUCCUUCAGAAUGUGACAUCGACUGCGAAUCCGAGUCGGUGCCAGUGUGCGGAAAUGACGGACGGACAUACGAUUCCAAGUGCGAGAUCGACAAAGCCAAAUGUCAGGGCCACCCCGUCGAGUUCAAGCACCGGGGAAAAUGCAUAGAGAAGGCACGCUGCGAGGCCCAGCGCUCCCUGAUGCUAGAACAAGGCAAUAGGAUGGGGCUGUUCGUGCCCGAGUGCAAGGAGGACGGAAGCUACGCUGAAGUCCAGUGCCACGUGUCCACCGGCUACUGCUGGUGCGUCGACGAGGCAGGCAAGCCCAUCAGAGGGUCCUCCAUACAGAACGCGAGGCCCAACUGCGCGCAGAAAGGUGCGAAACGAACAAAUAGAAGACGUUCUUCCAGAGGGAAGAAGAAUAAAAAAGGUUGCGGUACAAGUGACAGAGCGGCUUUCAAUUCAAAUUUAAUCGAUAUAUUUCAGUCUGAAUAUGAUAGAGUUCCUCACACGACGACAACAACAGCACUACCUGCAGAAAAUGAUCCUCUUCGAGACACUCACGAGAAGCAGGUCAUCCAGUGGAAAUUCGACCAGCUGGACGACAACGGAGAUGAAUUCCUGAAAAAGAAAGAACUGCGGGACCUUCGACGCAUGGCAAAGAAAAUCGUCAAGCCAAAGAUGUGCGCCAAGACAUUCGCCAAAUUCUGCGAUCUGGACCAGGACAAGAAGAUAUCUCGAUCUGAAUGGUCUGUUUGUGUAGGCGUUGAUAUAAACAUUUCUUUCCGAUUAUUUAUGUCUCUGAACUCAGAUGAACAGGUGAAUGCAGUGGCAGGAUUCCUCGACGAUGCACCCAAAAUGGACGACGACUCCACACAGGCAACCCUGCCUGUGAAACCAGACGACUGGGAUAAAGAGGACCACAUGCCCCGAUUACGUCAUGACGGCCAUUCUGCUGCCAAACAGGACACGUCAGAUGAAGAGUCUAAAGACGAGCUGGAUGACUGCAAGACGACCCGCCGCAAGGCGAUGGAGAACCACCGGCAGGACCCCGCGGCGGGUAUCUACAUCCCCGAAUGCACGCCGGAAGGGAACUACGCUAGGGCGCAGUGUCACCGUUCACCCCAGUUCUGCUGGUGCGUUCACCCCAGAACGGGGCGCCCCAUCAAGGGCACCACCACACAGGGAUACAAGCCCGACUGCGAACAGGCCAGAAGAGGUGCCAAGAACUUCAAAGGCUGCUCGCUGCACAAGAAACAAGAGUUUCUGGAUGAACUAGUCAAAUCUUUCAUUCAAGAAAUGCAAGAGGACGCUAAAAACCGAUCCGUCAGCAUCGACAUCCCGACGCCAGAAAAGGCCGCCAGAUGGAAAUUUGCUUCGAUUGAUGCUAACUCCAAUUCGGCCCUGGACAAGCGUGAAUGGAAAAUCUUCAAGAAGGAGUGGCGGACUUUCCAAAAGGACAGCAAGCAGAAGAAGCGUCUGCGCAAGUGCUGGCGGAACCUGCCUCGCUUCUGCGACGAGAACGACAAUCAGAAGAUCACCAUCGACGAGUGGCUCGCCUGCACCAGUAUCACCAGAGAUUUCAAAGGAGUCCUACCUCGCAAUCCAAGAAAAGGCAAAAAUCCUUUCAGUACAAUUUUGAAGAGUGAUUAAGUGUCGGCGCAUUCUUCCAUCAAGAAGCGAGACAGUUCGUCGAAGUGCUUUCGCACAAAAAAGUACACACUAAUACCAUUUAUAUAUAUAUAUACGUGGAAAUACGGCAGGAUGAGUCAUUUUAUUUUAUCCGGCGUCUGUAUUUCAAAUCUUGCUGUACACUUAAUAUUGAAUGUUCUUUUAAGAAUUAUUUAUUAUACUUAGAUGUGUUUGAUUUCAGUCCUCUUUAACAAAGCAAAUGUGCCUCGUGUCUCCGUGUGAGUUUUAUUUCUCUCGCCUGCUUUCAGUGAUAUACUAGUUUUCGUCGAAAAACUGUGGCAGGACAUUGUACAUUUCCUCGACGCCACAGCCAAUGAUUGAACUGAAUUCAGUAUUAGUCAUCAACUUCAUCUGUUUGCAAGGAUCCCCUCGUUUCUCUGCCUCAUCCACUUAUGGCUUAGGCACUACGAAAGCUGAAACCAAGAUCGAUUUCCAAAAUUCAAGAGAGAUUUUAGCAGCAUAGAAUUAUCCUAAAUUGCUUCUGAAGUUUCCACCUUUUUCUCUCAAAAAAUGUACAUGUAUUUAUGUAUUAACCACCAUCUUAACAACAAAAGGAACUUGACAUUAUUUUCAAUUUCAACUUUAAAAUAUUAUCCGCGAAGUAGGAUCAUAAAAAAUUCUAUUUGUAAAGUGGCAUUUUUUAAAAUUGUUUUUGUGAAACUAAAUGAUUUUUUUUUAAAGUUUGUGUAGAAUAGAGAUGUCCUCCGUGUUUAAAUAAAAUAGAAUAGUGCCAAAAGCUUUUUUUCCCCUUUAAAGUAUACUUUUAACCGAAUUGUUCCCCUUGAAGGAAACACUUUUAUCAUUUCAAGAAUAAUUUCAUUUGCAAAGAAGCCAAAUGCCUCAUUUAGUUUUCAAAAAGUAUUCUUCUAAGUUCUUCAAAUUAUUAAAUAAUAAUAAUAAUAAUAAUUUAGGAACAAUUUAUUUCUAUGAAUGGGGAUAAUUCAAAUUGUCAUUUAUUUAUUUUUAUUAAGAAAAUGAAUAUAGUGUUUGUUAAUCUAUGGAGGACAGCAUUUCCUUUAUCAAAGUUGCCCCGCUUCAAUAAUUUAAAAUAAACCAAUUGAAUUAUUUUUCUAAAAAGAAGAAGAUGACCCUCACUGGGCGAGAAUGGUGUUUAAAAAUGUGUUCAGUGUCAAUGUGAAGUUCUUAUUCUUAUUCGGCUUGUAUUAUAUUUGUAACUUUAUUUCAAAAGGCAUGGUAGGAAUGAUAUGAGAAAAUAAAACUUCUUAAAUGAGUCAUUUUUAUAUUGAUAAAUGAUUUAUCAGAUGUGUUACAGUUAAUAUAAGUUUUCCACCCUUACAAAUAUAUGGUUUGCAGCAUUCAUUUUAAUGUCAUGUGAAAUCGAUUUCUGUUCUGAUAGUAAGAAUAUUAUUUUGAAAAUUCUACACUAAAAGGUGGAAUAAUGUAUAGAUUUCAUGUGUCAAUUUAUGAAACUUUCCAUUGUUAUCUGAAACAAUGAAGCAUGCAGAGAAUAUGAAUAGCACAAUCAAAUAACAGUUUGCGUCAUUUCAAAUGAACACAUAUGAAAUGAUGUAUUAGUGUUGCCAAACAGUUCUGAACAACUACGAGAUUUCUUCAUCAAUGCAAAUGAAUGGUUGCUUCUAGUCUGUAUUUUAGCAGCCAAGAAAAUCAAACUAAUGUUUUGUGAUGUGUAUUUUUUCCCUCUGAAUGGAAUGACAAUUUUAAUCAAUAUUUUUUUCACCUUAAAGACUAUUUUCCAAAAGAAAUUGCUGAAUCCUGUAUAGCUCUUAGAACGAAAUUCAUACUUUCUUUCAAACAAAAAGUAUGCUUUAAAUAAUCCUUUUAUUGGUGUAUAUUAAACACAAAAUCUUGCAUUCUCAAAAAUAUUCAUCACAUUUAGAAACAAGAAUUCUUGUUUUCAAAAUUUAAUUUCUUUUCCCCACUCAUAAGUGCCCUAAAAAAUAAAACCAUGUUAAUUUUGGAAAAGAAAUAUAUAUAAAAAUUUCAACUUUCAUUCAAUAAUUGAACAGAAUAGAACUAGAUUUAAAAAUUGAAAUCUUGAUUGUCUAUUUUAAAAUUUUAACAAAAAAAAUUUAAUUUUUAAAACUUUAAUUUUGUUUAUUUCUUAAUUUUUUUCAAUAAAUUGUCAAAUGAUUUAACUGCAGUCAAUAGCUACUAUUUAAAUACAUGCAUAUAAGUUGUUUGGUGUAAAAUAAAUAAAAAUUAUAUGUAAAGUUUUUAAUUUUUUUAAAAAACAUUUUGGAUAAUUAGGGCUUUAAAUAAUCAGCAAAGGAGUCAAAUGUUAAAUAUAUGUAAAAAAAAAAAAAAAAAAAAACUAUAAUGCAAUGUAUAAAAAAACUAAAGCUUAUUUAUUUUAAUUGUCAUUCCAACAAUUUUUAUUGUACUCAUUUGGACGCAUCGCUCAAUGUUGAUGCUUCAUUUUGUGCAUAUUUGUAUUAUUUAGCAUAUGCUUUUUGUCUGAAAUGAUUGUAAAACUGUCAACAUUAAUUAAACAAGUUGUUUACAUUAAAGUGAAAAUAUGUCAAUGAUAAAAUGAAUUUUUGUCUGGAGGAUCCAUUUUAUCAUUCAACUAUGAGGAAUCUUGAGUCGGUGCACAAACUGAUCUCACUUGUUGUGUGUUCUUUUUAUUUCAUUAUAUUGCUUUUGAAGUGCCAUAAUUAAUAAAGGAAAAUUUAAUGUCAA